AUGUCAGCUAUAAACGGAAAUAAUCCAGCAGUUCGUAUACCAAUUGUGAAUAAUGUUAUAUUAAAUGAUGUAUUGCAAUCACAACGUGAAAACGCUGUGACAAAUGGUAGUGCUUCACUUCAACCAAAUCAGGUAUCUGAAACGACACGUGAAAGCAGCAUGCGUGGAAAUAGACUGCGUGUUGAAGAUGCAUUAUGCUAUUUGGAUCAAGUAAAACAGCAGUUUGCGGAUGCACCAGAUGUCUACGUUAACUUCCUCGAUGUCAUGAAAGAUUUCAAAUCCCAAGCCAUUGAUACACCUGGUGUAAUAAAGCGGGUUUCACGUUUGUUUCGUGGUCGACCUAAUUUAAUCAUUGCAUUUAACACAUUUCUGCCACCUGGAUUUGAUGUUUCCGUUGACGGGAUAAAGGUCAUCAUAACUGAACCAAAUGGUCGUAGACAAAUCAUAAAUGAAAAUCAUUCUGAAUCGUCCACUUCUGAAUUAUCAGAAACAACACAAAAUUCUGAAGUGACAAAAGCUUCACUUCCGGUUGAACCUGUUGCGGAUAUUACUGGAGAUCCAUUAUUAGCAGCAAGUGAAGCCAGUGCAUCAGUUCCUGAAUUGGAACCAGUUAUGACCGGACAACAGGAAAAUGAACUGACACCGGUUGCUACAGAUCCGCAGUGUAGUGAAAUUAGGUCCACCACUUUUUUGUCAAAUCGUGUCACCACUGCAACCUAUCAAGAUGCUAUAAUGUACAGAAACAAAGUGAUGGCUCGAUUUGAGGAUCGGCCUGAGAUCUAUCAUAAAUUCCUUGAAAUUCUUCAACGGCUUCAUCGAUUAACACAGGAGGGAGGAGUCAUUCAGGGAUAUAAACGAGCUCUGGAAGCAGUCGAAAUGCUUUUUGAAAAUGACACAGAUUUAGUACAAGAAUUUAAGCAGCAAUUUCAGCCUAGCUGUUCUGGAAAUUCUUGCACAUCCUCUAGUACGCUUCGAGAUACAGCCAGUAAAGGAAGAGUCCAGAAGAGUGGGGAACGCAGUACUUUUGUCGUUUCUCCUCAGCCUGUUUGUGUUCCAAAAGUGCAGAAUCUACAAGGAAUGAGUCCUGGAAAGCGUGCCGUUUAUAUGUGUUCUACAACAGCAGCCAAGAGAGCGAAAUUAGGAACUAUUAAUAUGUUAACCUAUGAUACAGAUGUUGAAGAAGCAGCCAAAUUUGGUACCGUUGAAGAUUAUCUUUUCUUUGACAAGGUAUGCUGGCUACAAGAAGUACGGAAAGCUCUUAUUGAUAAUGGUGUGCAUGAAAACUUUCUGCGAUGUCUUGCUUUGUAUAACCAAAGCAUUAUUUCAAAAAUCGAACUUGUGGAACUUUUGACACCUUUCAUUGGACGUUUCACAGUGUUACUGAAGCAUGUGAAAGAACUGUUGGGCUUGCCGGAUAUACAUAAUGAUAGUCAACAGAACGACGACAAACAUCGACGCCGACAAGCUCAAAUGAACGAUGACAUGGAAUUGGAACACAAAAUUGAUUAUGCUACAUGUCGAAGACUGGGUGUUAGUUAUAGGUCUUUACCUGAAUCAUACGAAAAGCCACUUUGUUCUGGUCGAACAUCUCUUUGUGAAUCAGUCCUCAACGAUUCAUGGGUUUCAUUUCCGUGUUGGUCUUCUGAGGAUAGUUCAGCCGUCCAUUCUAAGAAAACACAGUUUGAAGAGUUUGUAUUUCGCACGGAGGAUGAACGUUAUGAGCUGGACAUCGUAAUUGAAGUGAACAAAACAGCUUUAGAGGUUUUGGAAAUGGUUCAACGAAAGAUGUUGCGAAUGAAAAAUGAGGAAUUGAAAUGUUUUCGUUUGGGUCCUUCUUUGGGUGGCAGUUCUAAUUCGAUAAUGUUACGCGCACUACAGCGAAUUUAUGGGGAUCAUACCGUAAAGAUGUUGGAAGGAGCAAUGAAAAGUCCUCAAGUUAUGAUACCAAGACUAAUUGAACGAAUGCGGCAAAAAGAUGUCGAAUGGCGUAAAAAUCAAGAACUGUGUAAUCGUAUCUGGCGUGAAGAAACAGAGAAACAUUACACAAAAAGUCUAGAUCAUCAAGCAGUAAUCUUUAAGCAAAAUGAUUUAAAACUACUUCGUGCGAAAACGAUCGUGAGCCAGUUCGAAAAUUUAUAUGAUGAGCGUGCUGAUCGAAAUGAUGAAGGUGAAUCGGUGGAAUAUGGACCACAUUGUGUUUAUUCAUAUCCGGAAGAUAUACGUGUCCUGUAUGAUGUUAACGAUUUAAUAAUACAUUAUGUGAAACGACAGGCAAACAUUCAGAAAGAGGAAAAACGUCAUGCAAAACGUUAUCUGAAACGUUUUGUUCCGGAAUUAUUCAAUAUUCCGCCCCAAGAGUUAAGUGAUGAGGAGGAAGUAGAAGGACGAGAUCGUAUCGAUCAAAAUUCUGAAGAGCAAAAUGUUGGAUUGAACACAGACGAAGCUCAAAAGAUAAGUGACGAUGUGGAUUCGAAAAAUGCUCAAUUUUCAAAUGAAACCGAAACAUCUACAUAUCGUCUUUUCUAUGGUGCCAACACAUGGUGCAUAUUCAUUAGACUUCAUCAUUUAAUGUGUGAUCGAUUGGCGUAUUUGAAGAAAAAACAUCAAGAAAUUAUUAAGAAUCAUGAAGUAGAAGAGCGCAUACGGAUGGAACGAGAAUCUGUAAUAAACCGAUGUACCGGUGAUGGUGGUUCGUUGGAAUCAGUUGAACUAGAUACAAAACUUGGUUUGUCUUUGCUGAAACCGGAUACCCAAAAUCCGGUUAACUACUACGUUGCAUUGAUCAAUGAAGUCAAAAAUCUUUUGGAUGGUCUUAUUGAUAGUGUUGCUUUUGAAGACAACAUCAGAAAAAUGUUCGGGACAGCUGCUUAUUUAACAUUUACAAUGGAUAAAAUUAUCAUGACAAUUGCACGGCAACUACAAAACAUGUCUUGCGAGGAUGCGAACGUUGCUAGUAUGGAUCUGUAUAAAAAAUACCGUUUUGAGCGUCCCGUCAGUUUGUACAGUCGAGACAAAAAUGAAGAAAAUAUUGAUGAUGCUUAUGAACGGGCUGCACAAGAAGUGCUUGUUAAUCAAAACUGUUUCAAAACUUUCUUCCUUCAUGAUACUCGAAGCGUUACGAUGGAACUGAUUGACAGUAAUGUCACCGAAGAAGGAGAGAAAGGUGACAGUGACCAAGAGUGGAGUCGUUACGUACAUCACUAUGUUGAGAGUCUUACUAAUGAACCGUCAUCAUCAGCAUUAAGUCAGGAAGAUCAGCAGCAGAUGCUCGAGACCAUUGGUGAAAGACCUCCUUUAUUUCUUAUGAAAUAUAUCAAAGCGGGAAUAGACAAGUACAGAAAGAGGAACGAUGAAACGAGUAAAAAGAAUGAAGAUGGAAAUGGAGAACAGAAGUUGGAAGAGAAAUUGUCCUUUACGGUGAGUGAAGACUUAAGCGCUCUGUUUUCUCCAGCUGGAAAUUAUAAAAUGCGAUUUACUAAGGGUUCAGGUGAUCUUUUGAUAAGAACCGGAGCACCGCGAAAAGGGAUGGAUAAGCAUAGAAUAGUCACAGGACGGAGAAAAGACCGUUUUUUGGCAUGGUUAGAAGAACGGUUGUGCGAAGAUGGUGGAGAUGUGUUGGGUCCGCGAAACUGGCUUGCAGAUGGUUCACGAAUAGUACCUGUGCGCCAUCCUGAGUUUCCCUAUAUCACUUACAAUCGUUAUUUCUCUUCCAUUUCCAGUACUUCUUCAACUUCAUCAUCAACUCGUAGUCAGCGUUGA